AUGGCCCAAAUUAGAAAUGAACAAGAAGAUGUUGAAGCACAAAUUGACAUAUGGAAGUUGGUAUUUGGCUUUGUAGAUAUGGCCGGAGUUAGAUGUGCCAUUGAACUUGACAUUCCUAAAAUCCUCGAAAACCAAGCUGGCCGUCCCAUAACUCUCUCCGAUCUUUCUUCAGUCGUAGGAUCAUGCUCCCCAACUAGCCUCCAACGCCUCAUGCGGUUUUUGGUACACCGUCGAAUCUUCGACAAAAAUCCCAUAAAAAAUUCCAAGUCCAAAGGCUACGUCCAAACUCGUCUUUCAAGUCUUCUCAUAAAAAUCGUCGACAGAAGCUUGGCUGCUAUGGUCAUGAUGCAGAGUAGUCUAUUAGAAUUAUCUUAA